AUGAGAGAGAGUUUCUUGCGGUAUAUAAAUAAGAGCAUAGAGGGUUUUCGAUUUGGGAUCAGAGCAAGUUUUAAAGAAAAGAAAAUUUUUGAAAGCGAAAGAAGAAGAAAGAAGAAGAAAAUGGCAGCUGCUGAGGGACAGGUUAUCGGAGUUCACAGUGUUGAGGCUUGGAAGGAACAUAUCGAGAAGGGAAAAGAGUCCAAGAAACUGAUUGUUGUUGAUUUUACUGCUUCGUGGUGUGGCCCAUGCCGUUUCAUUGCCCCAAUUUUGGCAGAGAUUGCUAAAACCCUUCCACAUGUCACCUUCCUUAAGGUUGAUGUUGAUGAAUUGAAGACUGUUGCUGAGGAAUGGGGAGUUGAAGCUAUGCCAACAUUCCUGUUCUUGAAAGAAGGAAAAGUUGUGGACAAGGUUGUGGGUGCUCAGAAGGAGCAGCUGCAAUUGACAAUAUCCAAGCAUGCAACUGCUGAUGCUUGAAUGGUCAUUUGAACAAAACAUUAUCUAUUUCGAGUCAGUUUGUGUUUUGCUAUUUCAGUCAGUUUGUCUGGUUUCUGUAUGGUUUGGAAUUUAGAAUCUGUAGAACAUGGUUAUGUGAAUAAAAUUGUUGUGUGGUAGUACUUGAAGCACUUUCUUAUGUAUGAACUAGCAAUAAUAUAAGCAACUGGCUUUGCAUUAGCAAGUAGUUAGCAUUUAUGAAGACAUUUAGCUUGUGCGUUA